AUGGAUUUUAAAGCAGUGAAAUAGUUUUUUUUUUGUUUCAUUUUUAUGAUGCAGGCAUCCAUGGAGCAGAGGUCAACAAAGAAAGAAAAUGGGGAAAAAAAGUCUGCUAACAGUGCUGCUAUUGAGGAGCUGAAGAAGCAGAUAGAAGAGAUUGUGCAGGAUCUGAAUCUGUUGAAGGAACAGCAAGUUUUAAAAACAGUACUCAAUUUCAAGAUCCCUGGCAAGUGUUUUCUUGUGGACACGAUGAAGAAGACCUUUCACGCAGCAAGCGAUGACUGCAUAGCAAAAGGUGGCACACUUAGCAGCCCUGUUUCUGGUGACGAGAAUGACCAGCUGUACGCGUAUGUCCGCCAGACCAUCAGGCCAGAAGGGCACAUAUGGUUGGGCAUCAAUGACAUAUCUAUGGAGGGGGAAUGGACAGACCAAACCGGCUCCACCAUACGCUUCAAGAACUGGGAAUCAGAGAUCACCCACCAGCCUGAUGGUGGCCACAGUCAGAACUGUGCCAUCCUCUCCAGCACAGCCAAUGGAAAGUGGUUUGAUGAGAACUAUCGUGAUGCCAAGGUCUCCGUCUGCCAGUUCAACAUUGUCUGA